CCUAUCUCGCACACAUCAUUCAACGAUGAAAAAUGGCUAGAAAAUGUUUUCUGUUUCUUAUCCAGUGAUUUCUCUCAAAUUUCACCAUCUCAAUUGUUUUUCUUGUCCGUUAACGUUUUUCUUGUUUUACAUUCAUAAUAAUGGACCGGUCAAAGAAGCGGAUAAACAAAUCUGCAAAAAGAGACAACCUUUUGUUUGAAAAAACUUCCGAUAUUCGAUUUGAUAAUCAGAAGAAAUUGUCGAAACGACGAGUUUUCAAUCUAGCGAAAGGUCCCAAACCGACUAUAAAAGCAAUAGACGUUAGCCCACCGAAGUUGAUGGGUCACUUUCAAUGCGAUAGAUACGGCAAAAAUUUGGUGUUAGACGGUUUUGGAGGUAUCCGUGUAUACAAUCUGCCCGUUGAACGAAAAGAUGUCGUAACACAAAGUAAGGAUUCAGAUAUCGAAGAUGUUGUUGACGACUGGGAGCAAUUAGUCCGAAAAGAAUCGAAUGAUCAUGCAUCGGUACAAAGCGUGAUCAUGUCUGAAUGCAAUGAUUUAAAUUUCAAUUUACUCAAUGGUUACGUACCGUUGAAAGAUGGAGGAAAUGAAGUUUCGUUCAAUGGAAUAAUACGAGACAGGACUGCUGGUAUGCGAUGGUUAAUUAAACACCACAAAAAUUUCAAAUGCGACGAUAGUAAACGGCUAUUCGACAUUGAUUUCUUUGCUGGAAACGGUGUGAUACGAUCAAUAAUGACUUCUCAGUUCAGUCAGUACGAAGAAGUAGCCCACAUUGGCGUGACCCUUUUCAAAGGAACAUACUAUAUGUAUGACGUUAGCCCGAGCGACGAAAGGGGCGGAGAGGUCAAUAAUAAACGAUCUUUUGCUGGGCUACGAUUCGAAGACUUCGUAUCCCGAGGAAUGAAUGGCGAGGAAAGUGGACCAUCAAAUGGGGAACAAAACAACUAUGCUGACUCGAUUAAGUACCACAACGUCGUUCAAUUUAACUUCCACAAUUUUAAAAUGCUCGUUGCUGGAGAAGUGGACUGCGUGAUUCCGGGAUCAUCGGCGGCAAUGGGAAAAAAACCGAAAGUAGAUGACUUCAUUGAAAUCAAAACAUCAGCACCGUUAGAAGACCGAUACAAUCCAUCACGUAAAAGUCUCGCCUUUCGUUGCGGUAAAAUAUCGUCAUGGUACGCGCAAUGUAUCCUGAUGGGAGUGAAGCAUGUGGUAGUCGGAGUUAGAGACGAGAAAGACGAGUGCGACAAAAUUACUGUCAAUCGAACACAUGCUUUCACAUUGGAAGAACUGCGGCAAAAUUCGAAUGGAUUUUGGUCUAAGAAUCGAUGCUUCGAUGAUUUGAGAAAAUUUCUGUGUGUCGUGAAGGAAAAGGUGAUCGUUGACGAUCCGGAAAUUAUCAACGUCUUUGUAGUUCGAGACGGUGUGAUAAGUGAUCCCGUAAAGAAGAAAUAUGAGGAUGAUCCGAUUCAUUUUCCGGAUAAUUCAGAAGUGGUUAAGCUGAUGAACAAGCUGCUGCUGUGACGUACGAGUACGUCAGUUUAAGUUUCAAAGACAUGUGUGUAUUGAAUGAAGAAUGAAGUGAUAUCUGCUACUAUAAUCGUGCUUUUAUGAUAAUAAUAAAAUUUUAUAC